AUGGGCAACACGAACUCAGCACCGACUGUCGGGCAGAAGCGAAAGCGACCCAACUUCCUAGCCAUCGACCAAACUCUGGUUGGGAUAACAAUAGGCGACGAUGAGGAAGAGAAGAAGUCGUUCAUGCUGCACAAGGAUCUUCUUUGCGCACACUCGCGAUACUUUCGAAAUGCAUGCGAAGGCCUGGUAGCCGAGAGCGAAGAGAGAGCGAUCCACCUCCCGCAUGUCACCGAAUCAACGAUCAAACUCUUCCAGUUCUGGCUCUAUGGACAAGCGACGCGCGAAGAGCCCAAGCGCGUGAUCAAGCGACCAAAGCCCACGCUCCACAAGGGCAAGGAGAUCAUCGACCUGGAAGCAGGACCCGGCGGGGACCACGCACCCACGGGGCUGGUAGACGGCGAGGACGACGCCAUGAGCAUCGAAGCCCUCUUCGACACGCGCCGCACCCCGAAAUGGCUCGACACCAAGGAAUUCCUCUUCCAAACCAACCACCCCUACUUCCGCACCUUCAUCGGCCUGUCCACACUGGCCAGCACCUACGACAUCCCGCAGCUGCGCGAAGACUGCAUGACGCUGCUGGUAGAAUUGCAGAACUACAACCGCGACAAAAAGGGGCAACGCGACCUCUGGCCGCCGUACCAGGAGCUGUACGCGGGUCUCCCCUCGCACGCGCCACUGUGCCGCUACCUCGUGCAAGAAGCCGCCGUGUACCGCGACCUAACCAAGCUGAAGCGCUCCAAGCUAGACGAGCUGCCCAAGGACUUCCUCGUCGACAUGCUCCUGACCACGACGCCGCUGAAGCGCGUAUCCCGCCUCAAGCUCAAGGAGGAGAUACGCGACAGCUGCCACUUCCACGCGCACGCGACGCGCGACGCGGCGGUGCUGUGCAAGAAGAGGCAGGCGCGCGACGGGGCGUUUUACGCGAGUUUCCUGCGCGCGUGUAUGAGCGAGGUGUAUGUGUCGGAGGAGAGCGAGGAGCAGUGGGAUGGCGAGAGCGAGACGACGGAGGUGGUGCAGCAGGAGAUGUUUGCGCUGGAGGGCGAGAGCGAGGUCUGUAGGGGGUGGGAUUGGGAUAAUGAGGAGACGUUGAGGGUGAGCGAGGGGGAGGAAAGCGGGUGA